AUGCACCCUCAACGUUCAUACAGUAGCUCGCCGUCCGACGACGGCGCACAUUACGACAGCUCACCCGGGUCUACGCACUCCCAACCUGGACCCCAACCACACCUCUACACUGAAAACGCUCCUACCUCCCCGCGCGACGGCUACGCCUUGCACUCAGGCUACCCCGCUAUGAAUGGAACACUCGAUGGCAACUUGCGCCCCCAUCUCCCACAGGAUGGGUCGCUCGAGCCCCGCUACGACACGCUUGCCUCGUCGCACAUCUACAACUCAUCUCCCGCAUAUCCCCCUGCCCCCCGCACUUAUCAUGCUCAUGAGGCUACUCCCUCAACCUUUGUGGACUAUGCCCUGGCCGCGAGCUACGGGCAACCCAUCCGCGCGCCCUACCCAACGGGCAGUACUUCCCCUGAUGUCUCUCGUCUCUCCUACGUCCCACCAAUGCCGCCGAACCGUACCCAGUACCCUGACCAUAUCCACAAACCGGCCCUGCCGAUGUGCGAAUGGGACGGGUGCAAUCAGCCGUUGGGUGACAAUACGUGCGCCGGCGUCCGGCGGCACCUCCGGGACCACCAUUACAAGGGCAAGCCGCCGUCUGCGAAGGAUCCCGUGCAGUGCAAGUGGGGCGGGAGCUGCCGGCGGGAACCGAUGCAGUGGGAGAACAUCCCGAAGCACAUCUCGGAGUGCCACACGAAGACGAUGACCCGGUUCUGCGCGUUGUGCGGAGAUAGUUUCGCGCGUAGCGACACGCUCAAGCGGCACAAGGAGGCUGGGAACUGCUCGAGGUCGAGCUUGCGUUAA